GUCAUACAUUGUGCGCCGGCCGGACUUCACUGUUGCCAGGCUACGAAAUGUGUGCGGCCUAGCGCCGAAUUCUGUUCGAUUUCAUGGAUUUCUUGGAGACGCAGCAGCCGGAGAAGGUUGGGGAAGAAGGUGUAAUUUCGCACAGCUAUGAGGAGGCGGUGAGGGGAAUUCUUCUUGCUUUACAGCGUUGUACCCAACAGCUUAAGGUGACUGAAAACUCUGUGAGAUUUGACAUUAACUGGGACAGUCUUCAGUGCCUGCCAGAUGCCAAGCCUGCAUUACUUUGCUCACUUCUUCAGCAGCACGUUGCCCACAUUCAGCCUUUUAUAGACAAGCUGCAGGCUCUGGUAAAGGAAGACGUUCAUCGAAAUGAUAGCUCUGCAAAAACACAAAAUGUUGCAGAGAAGGGAGACCAUGAAUUGAUGGACAUUGAGGCUGAUGGAAAGAUUACACCGGAAUCUAGUUCAGAUGAAUUCUUACGAACAAGUGAUUGCUUUGACCCCUCAGUGGUACAGAUAAAGGCAAAAAAAUCAGAGAUCGACAGAAGGAUAUUGGCAUUCAUCGAGAGAAAGCAAGCUGAGAUCAAUGAAAACAACGUCCGGGAGUUCUGCAAUGUUAUUGAUUGUAAUCAAGAAAACAGCUGUGCUAGAACAGAUGCAGUUUUUACACCAUAUCCUGGAUUUAAGAGUCAUAUUAAAGUUUCUAGAGUUGUGAACACUUAUGGACCACAAACUAGAAAGGAAAAUACAGUGGCUCCAAGGUUAAGACCAAAUCCUCUCCAACUUGAGUGUGGGAAUCAGGCUGUGGAAGAAAGACUCCAAAACAUUGAAUCUCACUUGCGGUUGCAGAGAGGCGGGCCUGUGCCAAAAGAUGUGUACCAGAGAAUUAAAAGGCUAGAAGACCGGAUAUUGGAGUUGGAAGGCAUUUCACCAGAAUAUUUUAAUUCUGUAGAUAUUUCCAAAAAGCGGAAAGCACCCCAAACAUCAGAGAACUAUUCUUUGGCAGAAAUUGACCAAAAGAUUAAAACCCUCAAACAGUCCCUUCUGCAAAAGAGCAGCAGGUUCAAUGCAGAAGCAAUGCAGACUUGAACUUUGCUGGGAAUCUUGCCUGGAUUAACUGAUGAACUGGAUAAACCACAAUGAUCAAGAUGUUUUUGGGCUCGUAUGAUAUUCAUAUGACUAGUGUCCUCAAAAGUAUUAUCAUUUGUCCUGCAAAUCAAAUUAGGGCAACUUUUUUCACUUCAAUGGUUGCAAAAAUACAACUUCUCUGGCUGGCAAAUGUUGCCGUUUGCACCUUGAGAAAUGGAUGCUAUAUUUCCUGUUCUGUAAAUAGCUGUUCCAUUCUUCUCUUUACAUUUUCAACUAUUUAUGGUAUGAUGCAUUGCUUUCCAGUGUUUACUUAUCCUUUCAUCUGUAAAUCAAGCAUGACUCUGUAUGACUGUAAUACCCAACUUAAAGGAGGCGUUUAUCAUUAAGUUAGUGUUUAAUAUGAAAUUUUCCUUUUAUUAUGAACUUUUCAAUUGCUCUUUGUUGUUUACCUUUUUUUUAUUUUUUUCAAAUGUUGUUCUACUUCUUUCCAGCUUCCAAAUAGGGGUAACUGACCCCAUAAGUCAGUAAACUAUUUCUCUAUUUCUCUUACUUUUUAUUACUUCUCUUUCUAUUCAUGCCCUCUCCCUAUAAUUCUUCCUGUCACUUAUUUGAAAAAAAUGCCUGCUUGCUGGGAUAAAUUGGACCGUUGCAACCAGAUAACUGCUAAGAUUCCAAACUUCUGAACAUAAAGGUAAAACAUAAAUAAAAAAACGCAAAAAAUAAUUAAUAAUGACCAAUUGGGGUCAUGUUUUAGAAUAGCACUAUCUGCAUCAUGUUAAAGUUGGCAAUAGACGUAGAGAUCCACUCGUUUGGUGAUGUGGCCAAACGAGAGGAUCGCUCCCCGAUGUGUCCACAUUGAAGUGGGUAAUAUCGGUUUGAUCCUAUUGUGGGCCCUAGAGCCCAACAAUGGGAUCAUAAUGGAUCCGAUAUGGGUGGCCCGAUCGCGGGACCGCAUAGAUGCGGCCGCAAUCCAACGGGAUUUAUAAACCUGUCCGAUCGAGAUCUGGCUGACUUUCGAUCAGGGAAGCCCAUCGGAUGGCCCCGCACAUGGGCCAAUAAGCUGCCAACUUGGUCUGUCGACUGCUUUUAUUGGCCUGUGUAUGGAGGCCUUUAAAGUUAAUUUAUAGGUGAACUACCUUUUUAAGACUUUAUAUUCCUUUAUAUAACCAAAAUGGGAGACUCGCUUUUGGUUGGUAUGAAACUCGCCACGAUGAUAAAUGUACAGACAGAGUAAAAUGAAAUGAAGCGCAUCCUUCAAUAUGAGCCUAUUGAUGCCAGUGACAGUAGAUAAGCUGCCGUACAUUGUGUGUCCAUGAUGUUGGAGCCCUUUUAUUAACAACAGCCGAUGCAUGCUCCUUUGUUCCAUCUGUACCUGCAAAGUGUAACAAGCUUUUUGUGCUUUUGUUUGUAUGUAUCAUGGAAGUGUUCUGUGUAAAAGCACAAUAAAGAACGUUAAAUCUAAAA